CGCGCGCAAGGCUCAGAACGGCGAACGGGCCGACGGGUACAAACACUCACACACAUAUACACACACACACACACACACAUACACACACAUACAUACACACACAUAUACACACACACACCGCCUACUGACGGACUGGACCGGUUGUUUCACCCGUGGAAAGGACCGCAGAAAGGUGACGGGAACUGCGGUGACGCGCGGCCGGAUACAUGUGCGGCGGUGGCGGACAGGCGCACUGAGGAAACCGGGGGUGUCACGAUCGGCGUGGGAGCGCAUUCCAAAAAAAACAAAAAACAAAAACCAACCCACUUCCACUGAAAACUACCCUGCUCGGCUAUUUGCUCAGACGGGUGGUGAGGAGAGACCUGAGGCAACAUGGUAGAUUACUAUAACAUCUUGGGAGUGUCCAGAGCAGCAUCCCAGGACGACAUCAAGAAGGCGUACAGAAAACUGGCCCUGAAAUGGCACCCAGACAAAAACCCAGACAAUAAGGAGGAAGCAGAGAGGAAGUUUAAAGAACUGGCAGAGGCCUAUGAAGUUCUGUCUGACAAAAGUAAACGUGAUGCUUAUGACAGAUAUGGAAAUGACAACAUGCGACACACAGGUUCCUCAAGCUCAGACUUUUCUUCAGAUUUGCCAGGAUUCACCUUCACAUUCCGGAACCCAGAGGAAGUGUUCAGAGAGUUUUUUGGUGGCCAGGAUCCAUUCGCUAACUUCUUUGAUGAUUUCUCAACGUUCGGUUCAUCCUCACGCCUCGGCCCCAGUCGCUUCUUCUCUUUUCCUUCAGCAGGAGUCGACUUCACAUCCUUCUCUACUUUGGGUGGUCUGGAUGGGAUGGACAGCAUGGGUGGAGGGAGGAGCAACUUCAAAUCUGUGUCUACAUCCACUCGGGUUAUAAAUGGAAAACGCACAACCACAAAAAAGAUAAAGGAGAACGGACAGGAACGAAUAGAGAUCGAAGAGGAUGGUGUGUUAAAGUCUGUCAUGAUAAACGGUGUGGAGGAUGAAAUGGCUCUUGCGCUGGAGCUGAGCCGAAGAGAAGGCCGUCCCCAUGUCUCACCUCAGAAACCACGUCUCCAGCAAAACAGAUCUCCCGCCGAGUCCCGCUCCAGCCCUUUCUCUGCAGCCACGCAACGGUCAUUUAGCUCCGCCCCGUUCUACAACUACGGCGGGACCGUGGGAGGCAGCGAGGAUGAUGAAGAUGACGAAGAGCUGCAGAUGGCUCUGGCAUGCAGCCUGUCAGAAAUGGAGGCCCAGCAGAAUGCGGCUGCCACCGACUACAUAUCAGACUCAGACUUCGAGGCCUUCACAAGCUAACCUGAUUGGCUCAUGCUGCUCUGUGCCCUAACCCUGCCCGGAGGUCAAAUUUCCCUUGAUGCACUUGUCUCUCUGCCCACCAUGGCUUCUACCUGCUGAAUGACGUUUUACAAAACAAAAUUGUAUUUUAUAUGUAUGUGCCUGAGUGUGUCUAGAUUCUGGAAUGAUAGACUGGAAACUUUGUAUUUUGAGACUCACAAAAAAAAAAAAAAAAAAAAAAAAAAAUCUCUGCAUGACAGUGUUUCAUCUGGACUUUUCUGGAAAACUGUAACAUAAUAGAUAAUUGUACACAAGGAAGGAAAUGAUGAUUGUGAACGUGGAGGCAAAAAGAAACAUUCUUUGAAAUAUUUCAAGCAGAGAAAAUAAAGCAUUUUCUGCUUAA